AUGAAAUGUUCUGAAGAAUCAACGAGUCGAAACUUUCAAGAAUGGUGGACAUUCAAAUAUGGUAUGAUAUUCAAAAAUAAUAAAGCGUUAUGUGUACUGUGUUCAGAAAGUGUUGUAUGUCGGACUUCAUCUGUCAAACGUCAUUUUGAAACUAUUCAUAAAACACUAUUAACAAAAUCUGCCGAUGAACUAAAAUGUUUUAUUUCACGUGCACUAUCAAAUAAAGAUGCACAGAGUGAUAAAUUAAUUAAAUUUGUUAAAAAAUCUGAUAAUUUAGUGUCUGCCAGUUUUGAUGUUGCAAAGUCUAUCGCUAUUCGGGGAAAACCGUUUAGUGAUGGAGAUUUUAUUAAAAUGUCUUGGUUAGAUUGCGCUGAUAACCUUUUUCAAGACUUUGAUAAUAAAGAUGCAAUUAUACAACGUAUUAAAGACUUGUCAAUCAGUAGAAAUACUAUUAAAGAGAGAAUACUAAGUAUGAAUUCUAAUAUUGAAAAUCAAUUAAUACACGAUUUAAAUCAAAGUUCAUUUUUUUCUAUUUGCAUCGAUGAGAGUACAGAUAUAACAUCGUCUGCGCGUCUUUCAAUAAUUUCUCGUUUCUGUAUUAACGAUGAAGUUCGUGAAGAACUUAUAAAAUUAGCAUCUAUACCAGCUAAAACUACUGGUGAAAAUAUAUGUGAAGUUGUUGUAAAUGUCCUUGAAGAUAUUGGAUUAAAUUUAUCUAAAAUUAUAUCAGUAACUACCGAUGGCGCCCCUUGUAUGAUUGGAAAAGACCGUGGUUUUGUUAACCUUUUUUCAAAGAAAAUUGGACAUCCUUUAAUUGGUUUUCAUUGUAUAAUUCAUCAGGAAGCGCUGUGUGCUAAGGAUGGACUAUUGCAGUAUGAAAAUAUUUUAAAGCUUGUAACAAAAAUUGUAAACUUUAUAAACGCCCGAGCAUUAAAUAAAAGGCAAUUCAGUUUAUUAUUAGAAGAAGUAAAUUCUAUUCAUAAAGGACUCGUGAUGUACAAUAAUGUUCGUUGGCUUAGUAGAGGCAACCUUUUAGAACGAUUUGUAGAAUGUUUACACGAAAUUCGUUUAUUUUUGAGUGAAAACCAAAAAAAUUAUACUGAAUUAACAGAUAUAAAUUGGUACCGGAAAAAAUUUAGAGUUCAUGUUUAG